UUAAAGAUGCAGUGGACCCCCGAGCACAGCCAGUGGGCCGAACAGCAUUUUGACAUCUCAUCCACCACGCGCUCGCCAGCCCACAAGGCUGAGGCCUACAGGGCGGUACCUGGUCACCUGCAGCGCUCCACCACCUACCAGUAUGCCUGGGCUAAUGAUGACAUCUCAGCUCUCACCGCCUCCAACCUGCUCAAGAAGUAUGCCGAGAAGUAUUCUGGCAUACUGGAGAUGCCAGGCUCAUAUUCUGAGGCGCCUGGAGUCCCAGGAGUGAUGAAUGGACGGAAAGGUGAAUCGGAGCCCUGGCAGGAUGGUGUCUACCCCAUGAGCUGUAUCCCAGAGGGGGUUUCGGUCAGAAAAGGAGGGGUGGCAGCGGCUUCAGAGGUGGUGUCUGGCAUGUGCAGCUCCCCAGGCCUGGCCUCCAGCACCCUGAGCGAGCCCAGCUACUCUAGCAGCAGCUGUGGCAGCCACACUGCCACCGCCCUCCACUCCUCCUCCAUGCCCUCUCAGGAAUACGGCCCGGCAUACAGCGGUUCCUACUUGCACAGUAGUUACAGCUCCCAGUCUGCCCCCGCCCCAGCUCUUCCUUCUCCACUGCACAGCUCUGGGCUCCUGCAGCCACCCCCUCCACCGCCCUCCCACCCGACUUUAGUCCCAGCUUACAACGGAGGCUCCCCCAAUUUGUCUAGUUAUAAUUACCCCCCAGCAGGCUACCCAGCUCAGAGCUCAGUCGGGCCAGGAUACAGCCCUGGUGGAGCACCCCCUCCCUCCUCAUACCUCCCCUCAGGCAUCGCUGCACCUACACCCCUUCCCCCCUCUUCUGCUUUACCUGGAUACCCAUACCAGAGCCACAACCUGACCCCAAUCGCCCCGACCCCUCUCAGCAGUAGCUCCUCCAACUCACUGAAGAGGAAAGCCUUCUACAUGACAGGCCAAGGAGAGAUAGACUCCUCUUAUGGUAACUUUGGCUAUGGUCAGGCUCGGAGCUCAGCUGAGAGCCCCAUGUACAGGGUGGCAGACAGCAGCAGUGCAAAUGGAGGCUCCAACAGCACCAGCGGUGGUGGCUUUGACAGGAGUGCUGAAAAGUCAUCUUUACCUUUUAACCCUCAGAAGCAGUCCACAAUGCCGUCAGAGCAACAACAGAGGAAGUACAGCAGCCAGGCAACAGGUGGGCCACUGACUCCACCGGCCUAUGUCUCCUCCACCCUGGGGGGUUCCCGCUCAGCAGACUCCCUUGCCAGCUUCACUUCCCCCUCCCUCAGUGAGCAAGGUGCUGAUGAUCACCGUCUCCACCUCUCCCAUUCAGCACCAGGGCCUACCUCCUCCUCAUCCACUUCCUCCUCCCGGCCUGCUGAAGAACAGCUAAAAACCAGUGACCCUCACCUCCUAGACAUGGUUACCUCUGAAAUUGUUCAGCAGGGCCCCCCAGUGGAUUGGAGUGACAUUGCAGGUCUAGAACUGGCCAAAGCAACCCUGAAGGAAGAGGUCCUGUGGCCCAUUCUUCGCCCAGACAUGUUCAGCAGUUUGGGACCAGUCCCACGUUGCGUGUUGCUGUUUGGUCCCAGGGGCAGUGGCAGGACGUUGCUGGGUCGCUGUCUGGCCAGCCAACUGGGGGCACCAUUCCUCCAGCUCAGUGGUUCCACUUUGGCCACCAAGUGGCUGGCUGAUGGAGAAAAAAUUAUCCGAGCAUCCCUCCUGGUGGCACGCUGCCGGCAGCCCUCAGUACUGUUCAUUAGUGAGGUUGACAUGCUGCUGUCAGCCCACCUCAGUGAAGAGAGUCCCAUCAACCGGCUGAAAGGGGAGCUGCUCGCCCAGUUGGACUCGCUGCUCAUGGGCUCCAGCGAAGACGGAGGCAACCAAGUGUUGGUGGUUUGCUCCACAAGCAGACCCCAGGACAUGGACGAAGGGCUGCGCAGGUACUUCGCUCGGAGGGUCCUGGUGCCCCUGCCGGAUAGUGCAGCCAGACACCAGAUUCUGAGCCAGCUCCUGGCCCAAUCUCAGCACAAAUACUGCUUGAGUGAGGAGGAGCUGGCGCUGCUGGUCCAGCGUACAGAGGGUUUCUCUGGACUGGAUCUGGCCAGACUCUGCCAGGAGGCCCUCGUAGGUCUGUUACACGUGUCUGCACAGGGCAUGGACAUGACAGGUAUGAUGCCCAGGGGACAGAUCAGGCCCCUCACCUACCAGGACUUUGAGAGUGUGUUUUGUAAAUUCCAAGCCAGUAUAUCCCAGAAAGAGAUUGACACGUACACUGAGUGGAACAAAAUGUUCGGCUGCAACCAGUGAAAAGAUAGAAUCUGCCCUUGAGAAAAAGAGGCAUCCACAAUUCCUUUCCUCAGGGCAGAAGCAUUACGCCGGAGGGAAAGGCACGCAGAAGGCCAACACAAGCCAACCGAGUUCUCACAAGCAGGGUUGAGACACUCCAAGACACCUGGUUUGAUGAGACAACUGGCAGUUUUGCAGUUAAUGAGCAAGAAUUUUAAGUUUAAUGCUUGACACUCCAGAAAGCCAGGCAUUGUUUACACAUUGCAAGCAAGUUGGCUUCAGAAGAAAGACGCCCCAGUGUCUGUGUAUAUAUCGUUAUGUUCUUGUUCUUGAGAUUUAGUUUGGCUAUCCAAGUGCCUGAAGUGGUGCUUUCUGAUUUUUUCUUUUUCUUUAUUUGCCUCACAAUCUACAUUCAUGGCAUGAGCUGAUGAUUAUUAAGAGCUUUAAAACUUCAGCAGUGAGUCUGAACAACAGAGAUUGACAGUCGCCAUUGCUGGUGGUCAAUCAUUCUUUAUUGUCUUGCUAAGAGCAGUAAUCCAUCAGAGCGGCAGUAGUCUGGGCUCUUACUCACACUCAUCUCUUCUGAUCCUGUGUCUGCAAAACAAACAAACGUAACAAACAAAACUCAGGAAAGCGUUUGUGAAUUGUACAGUACCUCAAGAUAUCUUGACGAAAAGCACUAAGAUCUGAGAGGGGAAUCCAAGGAGGUUUGGCAGUUUAUGUCUAGCAAAGCAGUGUUAGGUGUACCUCAGCUGGCUAGGAUAAAUAGCAAAGAGGUGACAAUGAAUGUACUAGAUAUGUUCUGGAUUGAUGGGACAUAAUCAAAUAGUGAGAGUAAAAACAUUAUUUCUAUCCAUUGUUUUCCUCCCAGCAGGUGCUUUACUUACCUGUUUCUUCUUGACCAGUCCUAAAGCUUAUUUCCAUUGCUCUUAAAAAAUUUAAAAGUGUUGCCCAGCUUUGUUGUUUGGAGGUUUUAAGAGAUGGGCAGGUUUUGGGGUGGUGGGAGUUGUAUAUUUAUUAAAACAACCAUAAUCAACGUUGUCUAUAUUAUGCGAUCUAGGCUAUAGGGUUGAGCUGCAUAGAGGUUCCAUCAGUCAGCUAACUUCUGCGCAAAUACCUUGAAUAGCUUAUUUGUCAUACUGUUUAGCAUGGGAAGAGGUAUUCUCUGACAUGGAGGAAGUUGAUGCUAAAAACACCUCCAAAUGAAUUAAACUAAUAGUUUGGGAAAUAUGCUUGUUAGCUUUCUUGCCUAGAGUUGGACGAGAAGUUUGCUACCACUUUCAUGUCCGUCUACUAAAUACGAAGCUAGGGCCAUCCAGCCAGUUAGACUGACCUAGCCUAAAAAAAAAAAAAAAACAGAGGGAAACAAUAGCCUGGCUCUUUCAGAAGGUAACAAAAUCCACCUACCGACACCUCUGAGGCUCUCAAAUUAUCACGGUAUAUUUUGUUUUUUAAUCUGUACCAAUACUGACGUGUAAAAAUGACGGUUUGCAGUUUUACGAGGGAUAAUGCACUGCUAAGCUACAGGCUGCUGGCUGUAGCCUCAUACUGAAAGGAUGUGUAUAUACUGUAAGUGUGGUACUGACCUUCUCAUUUAACUCUCAGCAAGAAAGUAAACGGGAGUAUUUCCAAAAAUGUCAAGCUAUUCUUUUAAAUCACAGUAAUAUCAAACACAAUUUACUGUAUCUCUCUUCGUGGGUCUGAAAUUAAAUGUUUGACUUGGCGUCAUUUUGUAUAGUUUACUCCAGUAGGUUUCAGCCAGAAAUGCUGUAUUGGACAAAAUAAUCAGUAAAAAGCUCAUCUGUUGGAAAUGCCUGGAAAUCUGGUUUUAUACGAGUAAACUAGCAUCAACAGAGGUAAAUCCAGAUAUUCUCCUAGUUUUUUAGGUUGGAUUUGAUAGGUAUCACGACCUAGUUAUGGAAGUAUGGGUUUUGCAGAGUUGCCUUGUUACUCAUGCUGAUUAGCUGUAUUUGAAUUGGACUAGCUAUAGAAUGGGUUACCACUUCUGUAAUUUUAAUUAUACGUUCAUCCAGUACAUAUGUCACAAGUCUGUAAUUUUUACAAGUGUAGAAAAUAGAAAAUCAAGAGUAAAUUGUUACUGUUCUUGCCAGAGGUGAAGAGGUCGCUUGAUAAUAACAAUUUUCACUGACCGACAUCUCUGUAAUGCAGUUAGUAUUAUUAUUGUCAUGGCCAUGUUAUUGUCCAACCAAGGGGCAUAUACAUAGUUAGCAAAACAGCAAAUUACAUUAUUUUAAUCAGGCUGCAUCAGAAAAUUGAUUUUAAUCAAAAGAUGUUUUAUUGAAAAUGAUCGCACCAGACUAACUAAUCCAAUUCAAACCCAUGUUAGUAAUUUUUACCCGUCUGUAACUGUAUUGUCAGUAUUUUCACUAUAUUUACACGGAUGUCAUGAAGCACAUAAUCUAAGUGCAUUUUCAGUUUACUGAAAAGCUUUGUAACCUGAGUGGGGAAUUUUGGCACUAGUCUUAAAGUCCUUCAUCCUUGAAGGUUAUCUGUUGCCCAUUGUAUUGCAUCGGAAUGUAUUUUUGUCUCCUCCUUGUCACUGUAAGAAGCUGUCCGUUAGCUCUGCUGUUGUGGAAUGGGAGUACUUAAGAUAGUUUAUUGUAUGUGCACUAAAGCAUUUUUGUGUGUAAUUGUUUCAUUGAAAUGUUUCAAUGCCACUGACAGCGCUUGCUUUGUUUUGUUUUAUCUGGUAUUUAUCCUGAAGGAGAUUCCAUUUAUCUGAUCUGAUGACCAAUUUUACACUUUUCUAUGUACAUCCUGCUUUUUUUUUUUUUUUUUUUCCCCCCAAUAUCACUGUUGAAGUAGGAGCUACAUACAAUAUGUGCAGGCCCACUCUGUGUUGCUAUCUCUGGUAAAGGCACCAUCAGUGCAGCACCUGAUGUGGGGGGAAAAAGUUCUGCUGAGCAUCAGCAAAAUUGACGGAAAGGAAAGACAGCCAGGCAGUGUGGCGGCAGCACAAGGGGAAAGCAGAGUGGUCCGUCAGAAAACCACCCUCAAAACAAUCUGUACCAGAAUUCCUUCUGUCAGCAAAUCCUCUGGAGAGAGAGUCCCUUUAGACAGAAAACCCUACUAAUGCACUUCAGAGCACACAACAACAGCACAGGCGUUCUCUCUCACCCCGUUCUCCACAGACGACAAACAGACGACUUGAAACACACUGGUCGAUGCUAUUGCUUGUUUGUUACGUGUUUUGCGGUCCUUCUUUUGUGUCUUGAUUUUUUUCUACACGGUGUAUAAAUCUAGCUUUUUUUUUUUUUUUUUUUUAGGAAACCUU